GAAGCUUAGGUGAGAGACAGAGCAAGACCGUCUGGUCGAGAGUUAUAGCCAAAUUCGCUAUCUCUCUCUUUCCUUUGCCUUUGGGGUGUUGUCACGUUUCUCUGCUUCUCACAGCUAGCUGGUACUUGUUUGGUGCAAGGAUUUUGACUUUCUCGAGAAAGAAAAUAGCUUCUCGAGAAAGUUUGCAUAUAAUGAGAAGAUUUACGAAAAUGCCACUUAGCUUAACACCUGUGGAGUUAGGCCCUCUGUCUGGCAACUGGUGGGACGAGAUCAACGAUUCUUCGGAGUGGCAGGACGGGAUCUUCUACACUCUCUGUGCUGCUUACGCGCUUGUCUCCUCUGUUGCUCUGAUACAAUUAAUAAGAAUCGAGUUAAGAGUGCCUGAGUAUGGUUGGACGACACAGAAGGUUUUCCAUCUUAUGAAUUUUAUUGUUAAUGGAGUACGUGCUAUCGUGUUUGGAUUUCAUCAUGAAGUGUUUAAUUUGCAUCCCAAGGUACUGACAUGGGUAUUAUUGGAUCUUCCUGGACUUCUGUUUUUUUCUACAUACACACUACUUGUCCUCUUUUGGGCUGAGAUAUAUCACCAGGCUAGAAGUUUACCAACUGAUAAACUACGGAUUGUUUAUAUCUCAAUCAAUGCUGCAAUAUACUUUUUACAGGUUUGCAUAUGGGUAUAUCUCUGGAUAGAUGAAAACACGGUGGUACAAUUAAUUGGGAAGUUAUUUAUUGCAGUGGUAUCAUUUAUUGCUGCACUGGGUUUCUUGCUAUAUGGAGGAAGAUUAUUUUUCAUGCUGAGACGCUUCCCUAUUGAAUCAAAAGGGAGAAGAAAGAAGCUUCAUGAGGUUGGAUCUGUUACAGCCAUUUGUUUCACCUGCUUCCUGAUAAGGUGCUUUGUGGUUGUUCUAUCUGCUUUUGAUGCGGAUGCAUCACUGGAUGUUUUGGAUCACCCCGUUUUGAAUUUGAUCUACUACAUGUUGGUUGAGGUCCUACCUUCGGCUCUGGUCCUGUACAUUCUGCGCAAGUUGCCUCCCAAGAGAAUUUCUGCACAAUAUCAUCCUAUCCGGUGACGUUCCUUUUCUCUAUUGUCAUUUAAGCCUCCUCUUCUUCCUUCAUCCAAAGAAUAGGGAGUUUGUAAUGUUUUGACAAUUGAACAAAAGAAGCAGAGCCAGAUGGACAUUCCAGAUGUAUUAUUCUGGUGAGGCUCAUGUUGUCGGCAAUUUUUUUGCAUGCAUACAAGGAAGUUGUAUGCAGCUUGCUGAAGGGGAGUUGUUUCAUCGGUAUCUUCAUGGCACAGGCUGAAGAAUUGGUUAUUUGAUGUACUUUAUUUUGGUAUGCAGUUUGAAAUUUUGUUUUUUUUCCUUUUGUUAAUUUGAUAGUUGGUUCUGUCAGCUUUUAGUUGGUAGAUCUAAGGAUAUAAGGAUUUUGAUUGUGGUGUGUAAGUCAGUUUAGUUUUUGUUAUGUCAUCAGCGGGUUUUAAACCUGUGCCCUUUUGUCACUUAAGUAAUCCCUGGGGCAAAAUUUUGCCCCUUGGUAACAUUUGGUUUAUUGAUUGUUAGUUUCCUUCCAAGUAAAAAUUGAAUUAAUGUUUAACAA